GGGGAGGAGCGGCGGUCCGGAGCUCCGUGGGGGUCCUUGCGGUCCCCUGAGGUGGGAGAGCUCUUCUGUUAGCUGCGGGGACCACAGGCCGGGCCAGACUAAGCCCCCCGCGGGGAGGUAGGGUGGGCCAGGCUGCGGCGAGGACUUGAACCUGACCGCUCCCCUGGGGAAGGGGCCAGCCCGGCUCCUGCGCGGUCGGGACCUUUGGGGCGUGGCGAGGUUCCGCGCGGGGCCUGCACCCGAGAUCCGGGCGGCCACGGUCGUGGGCCCCCAGUCGUCUUCGUGGCCACGGAGGUAUUAGAGCAUGUCUGUAACCCAGGUCGUCGGCGGGGACUCGGGGCCUCCUCCCCUGCCCGUCUGAGUCACAGGCCUGCACCCCGAACUUGGUCCUCUGUCCCCUUCCUGUCACCCAGGCCCCGCGGGCGGGUCAGUCCCGCUAGGUGGCGCCAAGGUUGUGAGGUGACCGUGUAGGACUUUGUUAACUGAACCCUAGAGAAGCAGCGGCUUGGGGCUCCCUGCGGUGGGAGUGGGGGAUUGGUCAGUCUCGGGUUCACCAUGUCGGGGAAGCGGAAGCGUGUGGUGUUGACUAUUAAAGACAAGCUCGAUAUAAUCAAGAAACUUGAGGAUGGGGGCUCUUCCAAGCAACUGGCAGUGAUUUAUGGGAUUGGUGAAACAACAGUUAGGGAUAUAAGAAAAAACAAAGAAAAGAUUAUAACUUACGCAAGCAGUUCAGACUCCACAAGUCUCCUGGCCAAGAGGAAAUCCAUGAAGCCGUCCAUGUACGAGGAACUGGACAGAGCAAUGCUGGAGUGGUUCAACCAGCAGAGGGCCAAAGGGAAUCCCGUGUCUGGGCCGAUUUGUGCGAAAAGGGCAGAAUUCUUCUUUUAUGCUUUGGGAAUGGAUGGUGACUUUAACCCUUCUGCUGGUUGGUUAACUCGUUUCAAGCAGCGGCACAGCAUUAGAGAGAUUAACAUUAGAAAUGAAAGGUUAAACAGAGAUGAGACUGCUGUGGAAGAUUUUUGCAACAACUUUCGCGAUUUUAUUGAACGAGAGAAUUUGCAGCCUGAGCAAAUCUACAACGCAGAUGAGACUGGACUCUUUUGGAAGUGCCUACCUUCCAGGACUUCAGUAAUCAAAAGUAAAUGCACUGUACCUGGGCACAAGCCAUUUGAAGAAAGAGUCACUGUCAUGUGUUGUACCAAUGCAACAGGUUUACACAAGCUUAAACUUUGUGUUGUGGGCAAAGCAAAGAAACCUCGAUCCUUCAAAUCAACGGACACCUUAAACCUGCCAGUCUCUUAUUUCAGCCAGAAAGGUGCGUGGAUGGACCUUUCCAUUUUCCGACAGUGGUUUGAUAGGAUUUUUGUGCCGCAGGUUCGAGAGUACUUGAGAUCCAAAGGCUUGCAGGAAAAGGCUGUGCUCUUGUUGGAUAACUCACCAACACAUCCAAAUGAAAAUGUCCUGAGGUCAGAUGAUGGCCAAAUAUUUGCUAAAUAUUUACCACCCAAUGUAGCUUCAUUGAUUCAGCCUCUGGAUCAGGGAGUCAUAGCAGCAAUGAAGAGAAACUAUCGUGCAGGUCUUCUCCAGAACAACCUGGAAGAAGGCAAUGACUUGAAGUCAUUCUGGAAGAAGCUAACUCUGCUGGACGCACUUUAUGAAAUAGCAAUGGCGUGGAACUUAGUAAAGCCAGCCACCAUCAGCAGAGCUUGGAAGCACAUCCUCCCUAUCACGGAGGAGAAAGGAUUGGACUUUGAUGAAGAAGGUAUUUCUGUGGCUACUGUGGCCACUAUCUUACAGCACACCAAAGGAUUGGAACAUGUGACUGCCGAAAACCUUGAAAAAUGGCUGGAAGUUGACAGUACUGAGCCAGGCUAUGAGGUGUUAACUGACAGUGAGAUCAUCAGAAGAGCACAAGGCCAGACAGAUGAAUCCAGUGAAAACGAGGAGGAGGAAAUAGAACUGAUUCCAGAGAAGCAUGUGAGUCAUGUUGCUGCUCUCCAGUGGACUGAAAAUUUAUUAGAUUACCUAGAGCAACAAGGUGAUAUGAUUCUACCUGAUAGACUGGUAAUACGUAAACUUCGAGCCACCAUCAGAAAUAAACAGAAGAUGACACACUCAAGUCAAUAAUGGCAUUUCAAUUUUAUCAUCACCCUGGUAUUUGUGACACUUAACCUCUUUACAACGUGGCUUAAUUUUCUUUGUGCUCUGAAUUCUCAGGCACUGUCUUGUGAAAUACAUAUCCAAAAAUGUAUCUGAAGUGGUUUGAGGAUUACAUAUUUCAUGUGUCUUGUCCCCUUAUUUAUAGAGAUACUCAGAAGCUGAUUCUGUAUGGAUGUAAUUACAUGAUGGUUCACUUUUGAAAACCAUCAGUUAUCCCUAAAAUUUCCAGCAAAAGUUAGCAACCACAGUGAACAGAUUGAGCAUUGUCCUGAAAUCUUUUGCUGACUUUUGAGGACUGCUACAGCGAUCUUGUCUCCUGCUAACCAUCUGCAGUGGUUGUCUACUUUGUGUCUGUAUAGGCUGACAGGUAUCUUGAUAGGUUUCAGGAUGAUGCAUAAUUUAGAAAUGAGGUUCAGGGAUGAUGGGGGUAGUGAUCUGUGAAUUGUAUAAAAGUGAUUAGCGAUUAUACUUCAGUUUUACAUUUGAGGGCUAAGGAGAGGUAAUUAUGGACAUGGAAUAUAUUAGAAGUGAUUGUAAAUGACAGACUUAGCUGAUAUAUAAAAGGCUAACUCAUAAGAAAUGGAAUUAUAAAUUUGGGAAACUUUAGGCUUAUUUAUAUAAAGAGAAUAAAGUUUGUUUUAAUUUUGUCUUUAAUUUUAUCAUUGCUGAAUAGUAUAGGAUUAUUUAUUCAUCAAAUUGUAGUUGGAAAUUUUGUCUAUAACUUGAAACAUUUAGUCCUAUCUGGCUGUUUUACUUGAUAAAGGAGAAAUGAAAGAAAAGACUAUUUAAAAUUUCAAAUAAGUCAUGUUUAUAGUGUUUUAUGGAGAAAGCAGAAAUGCUGUGGAUAGUGUCAGAGACUAGCAAAUUACAUUAUUGUUUUGGCACUUUUAGAAAGGGAAUCAUUGUUCUAAAAUUUAAUGAAAGUUGGACUUUUGAUAAAUGUUCUUAAACUGUUUA